AUGGCCUUUGGCCACCUCCAGUGUAAACACAGUGACCCGGGGAUAGCUGUGGAUCUGGUAAAGAUACGAUCUGAGAUUCCCAGAGCGAGUACCGUGUGGCACCAACCCGGAACAGGCUGCUGGCGCCUCUCGAGCUACCGGGACCAGAGGCUCGGUUCCUUGCCCAAAAGAGUUUACCCUGCCCGGGUCCACAGUGCGAGGCAAAGACCAGCCCUCCUAAAACCUCCUGCCGUGGGCGCGGGUGGGCGCAACCUCGCAGGCUUCCCAGAUUUCAAACUGAGCCUCCUGGAGUCACCCGGCGUCGGGCUGGGGCGAGCACCCUGGAGGGUGGGGGCUUCAACACCCCUCCAGGAACUGCCGCCCCGCCGGCUGCACUGGCAGAGGGCGCGGGGAGCAACGAGGGACACUCACCGAGCAGUGGUCGCCUCGCCAGGUCCGGAACGCCAGGCGCGCGAAGCCACCCAGAUGCAGCCGCAACGCGAGCGCGAGUUUGAAAGUCGCUCUGGGAAGGGGCCGAGGCUGCGGGCAGUUCCCGCCCACUGCCAGCCCCUUGGCGGCCGGGGCGCGGCCAGCUGUGAGCGCGGCCCCCCGGGACCCCAGCCCGCGCGCGCCUUCCCAGCGCCCGGCAGGAAGUCGGGGCCGAGCCGAGAGGGAGCUGCAGCGGGAGGGACGGAGGGCGGACCAGGAAUUUUUCCAGUGGGUGGAGACUCUGGCCCGCGGCUGGAAUCCCGCGAUUGGCGGCUCGGCGGGGGAAACUUCGCGGUGCUGCGAGCUGGAACAUGGGGUAAAGGCUGCGGCGGCGGUGGUGGGGCUCGCGCACCGCUAAUGAUUAACGCCCGCAGAUGUAAAGCCAAACCUCGGAAAAGCUGUCCAGAGAUGAAGAAGCCGAUAACUUAGAGGGAGUCCACCUAGAGACUGCUAGGUGGGGAAAACAAGAGGCAGAAAGCUGUGUAAUAAAGUUCAUUUUGGUAAAACGAAGAGAACCUGUCUCCUGGUUUUGUUUGUAUGUAAUCAUACGGGCGCGGAAAAGUGCACACCUGGAAAGUGAGAGGCUGAAGGGCGGAACAGGGACACA